AUGCCAAAGCCCGGUUCACAUGUAUAUUUUAAAAAUCACGAAUUCAAACAAACCGCCCCUUUCAUCGUUUAUUGUGAUUUAGAAUGUUUGGUGAAAGAUUUUCAGGAUGAUGAGACGCAAAACACCGUGAAAUAUAAGCAGCAUGACGUAUGUAGCAUUGCAUAUUAUCUACAUUGCACCUUUGACAAUUCAUUGUCGCGGUUCCGACUGCAAAGGGGUGAGCAAUGUAUUAAUUGGUUUACCCGUGAACUUGAGGAAAUUUCAAACAAUUUACAAGAAUAUUUUAUCAAUCCAGUACAAAUGGAACCGUUAAGUGAUCUGCAAAUGUUAGGAUAUAAUGCAUCCACUCAUUGUCACAUCUGCGAAGAGCCCUUUUUAGAGACCCACGUCAAAGUACGCGAUCAUUGUCACUUUACGGGGCGUUUUCGCGGCAGCGCUCACCAGUCGUGUAAUCUACGUUAUAAAGUACCCCAUAUGAUACCCGUAUUUUUCCAUAAUUUUAGUGGAUACGACAGUCACUUCAUUAUUAAGGAUAUUGCGCAAGCUAUUCCGGGUAAAGUCACGCUGUUACCUAAGAAUAAAGAAAGAUACAUUUCGUUUACUAAGAAAAUGGAAAAUGCAGAUGUCGAAUUCAGAUUCGUAGAUUCAUAUCGUUUCAUGAGCGAAUCAUUAGAUAAUCUAGCGUCCUAUUUAAAGUUUGACGAUUUCAAAAUUUUGCGCAGCACGUUAAGCCAUUUAAAUGAUGAACAGUUGAAACUUUUAACCAAAAAGGGUGUAUAUCCGUAUGAAUAUAUGUGUAGUUGGGAUAAAUUUAUGGAAAAAGAUUUACCGGAAAAGACAAAAUUUUACAGCAAGCUGAAGCAAUCUCAUAUUUCAGAUCAAGAAUAUUCGCAUGCUCGAAACGUUUGGCGUAAAUUUGAUAUUCAAAAUUUAGGUCAAUAUAGCGAUCUUUAUCUAAUGAGCGAUGUGCUUCUACUUGCUGAUGUAUUCACCAACUUUAGAGAAAAAUGCAUAACAACGCAUAAACUCGAUCCAGCAUUCUUUUUCACAGCGCCCGGAUACACAUGGCAAUGCAUGCUGAAUUACACCAAAGUUAAACUCGAGCUGCUCACAGAUGUUGAUAUGAUGUUGUUUGUUGAAAAAGGUAUAAGAGGAGGCAUAACGCAAUGUUGUACAAAAUACAGCAAGGCUAACCAUAAAUAUUUGGAUGAAAAGAAUUUUGAUCCUAGUAAACCCUCUACUCAUAUCAUGUAUAUGGAUAUGGUUAAUUUAUAUGGUUGGGCUCAAAGCCAAUGUUUACCUCUAAACAACUUUAAGUGGCUUAGCGAGUCUAAAUUAAAGUCAUUAACUCCUGAAACGAUAUUGAAUAUAUCGGAUAAUGCGGCUGAAGGUCUCAUUUUAGAAGUGGAUUUAUCAUAUCCUCAGCAUUUGCACGAUCGGCAUAAAUCUAUUCCGUUUUGCGUUGAGCAUGGCACUCCGCCGGGUAGCAAAAAUAAGAAGUUGCUCGCAACUUUGCAUCCAAAGACUAGAUACGUAAUUCACUACCGAAAUUUAAAACAAUGUCUUCAAGCAGGUCUUGUGCUUGAAAAAGUUCAUCGCGCGAUAACUUUCAACCAGUCUUGUUGGUUAAAACCGUAUAUAGACUUGAAUGCACGGUUGCGAGCACAAGCCGCUAACCCCUUCGAAAAGAAUCUCUAUAAAUUAUUAAAUAACGCUAAUUUUGGAAAAACGAUGGAGAAUGUGCGGAACCAUCGCAUUAUUAAACUCGUUACUCGGUGGAGCGGAAGGUACGGAGCCAAUUACUACAUAUCUCAGCCCAAUUUUCAUAGCAGGGAAAUCUUCGAUGAUGAAUUACUAGCUAUCGAGUUAUCAAAAACCGAAAUUUUGUUUAAUAAGCCGCUAUAUGUUGGGAUGGCAAUUUUGGAGAUUUCUAAAACUAGAAUGUACGAUUUUCAUUAUAACUUUAUGCAGCAUCAAUUUAGCGACGACCGCUUAAAAUUGUUGUACAUGGAUACCGAUAGUUUAGUGUAUGAGAUGUUAUGUGAUGAUGCAUACGAUUUGAUACGCGCAAAUAUUUCUCGAUUCGAUACGUCUGAUUAUUCUGAAAAUAACAUCUAUAACAUUCCAAGAUGUAAUGGUAAAGUUUUAGGAAUGAUGAAGGAUGAAUUGGGCGGUAGAAUCAUAACCGAUUGGGUGGCUUUGGCUUCUAAAAUGUAUAGUUUUAAAAUUAAGGAUAGUGAUAAGGAUGUAAUGAAAUUAAAAGGCGUUAGAGAUUAUAUUGUAAAAAAUAGAUUAACUUUUGAUGAUUAUUUAGAAUGUUUAAGGAGCGGGAUUACUAAAAGUGUCGCCCAAAGCAGCAUCGUAUCAAAGAAUCACCAUGUAUAUAGUAUGGAGCAAAAGAAAGUUGCCUUAAGUAAUAAGGACGAUAAGAGGUAUUUAACCUCAAAUGGUAUUGAUACGUUGCCUUGGGGACAUUAUAGUAUUCCCGCUGAAAUGGAUUUAGGAUAA